AUGUUGCCAAGGGAUAAUCAAUAUAGCAUUUGUCACAUUGGUUUUGGCGUGGAUUCCACAGGCAAGUACAAGGUUAUUAAAAUGUGGAGUAACGAAUUGGAAAGUGAUUCCUCUAAUGAAGAUGAUGAUGAGCGGUUUAUGAUGAAGGGUGAGAUUAUUACAUUAGGUGAAAGUUCAUGGAGAGAGAUAGCGAUCCCUUCUAAGAUAGAUUUUGCCAUCGACUGUCAACUACAAUUAGAGAUGGUAUUCAUGAAUGGGGCACUCUAUUCGAUUAUGAAGAAGCCCAAGGACCGUUCGCAACAGCCAAUGAUCCUUGUGUUUGAUCUCCAUGAUAAGAAGUUUUACACUAUAGAGUUCCCUGGCCUUGUAUUAUCGUUAUUGUGA